GGCAGUGGACAACCAGACCGGGGGUGAAGGAGCCAGCGCUUUUCUGGGUCAUGAUGUUGUUGGGAGAGUCGGGGGAUAACGCUCGAGAAAGCCGUUCCCUACAGGGCGCAGGUGAGGAUAUCAGAGCCUUUGUAUGUCUGGGCCGGCUGGGGUUCUAGCUUCUAUAUGGAAAGGCGCGUACGACAGUAUGAUUUAUAUACCUCGACGCCGGCUGUUUAUACCAACGCCAUAUUUGAGUCCUACAAGUGCCGUCACACAGGCGGGAGGAAGAACAAACGGCAGGAUUGGAUUACCACACCAGCAGCAAUGUCUGAGUUCACCAUCGCCAUCCGCCGCAUCCCACAGCCUGGUCCGCUACCACGGCUACCGCGUGCCCGGCGACAAACUCUGGGACAGCCUCCAAGCCGGAAGGAUGGUCGAUAAGGACCCUUUCCUGGCCGCCCUGACCUCGGCUGUGGACCACCUCCGGAACGUCGUCGGGCUUGUCCACAACGACAUCCAUCCCGGCAACAUCAUGGUCAACCCUAGCGGCGAGCCCACCUUGAUUGACUUGGGCGCGGCCUACCCGGAGGGGGAAGGGAUGACAGAAGGCAUACCCUACUAAAACACAAGACUAACGAGAGCUAAAUAGCUUUGGUUGCUGGGGCGCGGACCCCCUGGAAACAUGGACCCCGAGACGCACUUCGACGGCCCGCUGACGGCGUCCUCGACGUCGAGGAAGUCCCGGGAUCUCGCCUCCUUGAAACCUGCCGAACAGAACG